AGUAGUGGAAGACUCUGCAGACCAAAGGAGCUGCUUAGUGUCUAGUUUGUACUAGAAUAUUAGAGUUGGCACCUAAAGCAACAUUUACAUCGAGAUGACUCAGGAGACAAACCAGACCCCAGGGCCUAUGCUGUGUAGUACAGGAUGUGGAUUUUAUGGAAAUCCUAGGACAAAUGGGAUGUGUUCUGUUUGCUACAAAGAACAUCUUCAGCGACAGCAGAAUAGUGGUAGAAUCAGCCCAAUGGGAACAACCAGUGGUCCAAACAGUCCUACCUCAGACUCUGCAUCUGUACAGAGAGCAGACACUAGCUUAAACAACUGUGAAGGUGCUGCUGGCAGCACAUCUGAAAAAACAAGAAACGUGCCUGUUGCUGCUUUGCCUGUAACACAGCAAAUGACAGAAAUGAGUAUUUCAAGAGAAGAAGAAUUGACACCAAAAACAGAGACUGAGCCAGUUGUUACUCAACCAAGUCCAUCAGUUUCUCAGCCUGGUACUUCAGAAAGUGAAGAGAGAGCUGCUGAACUGCCGAAACCAAAGAAGAACAGAUGUUUCAUGUGCAGGAAGAAGGUUGGCCUUACAGGAUUUGACUGCCGAUGUGGAAACCUAUUUUGUGGACUUCACCGUUAUUCUGACAAGCAUAAUUGCCCAUAUGAUUAUAAAGCAGAAGCUGCAGCAAAAAUCAGAAAAGAGAAUCCAGUCGUGGUGGCUGAAAAAAUUCAGAGAAUAUAAAUUAAUCUGCUUGUGAAAAGACUGACUGACUCUUUGUGGGGCUUUUUUUUUCAAUACAUCCUAAAAACAUGAAAAGAGCAGGUGCAUGGUCAUUUUCCUUUGUUUUCCAGAGUUUUACUUCUAGUCCUGUCUGUCUAAACAAUACUUCAAAUGUUUGGGUGUUUGAUACAGGCAGAAUUGGAUAGAUACAGCCAUUGAAAAUAUAUAUAUGCCCUCCCCAGAAUAGAUGGAUGAUCAGAACCCUGCACAGGAAAACACAUGCACAGAGACAGACUCUAGUUCACGUGUGCCAAACAGAUGUAUGCAAUGUGCAUGUGUGCAGCAGCUCUGCCUUUUGAGAUGUGCAUGAGUUGUUUAAUGUUCGGUUAAUGUUAUAUGCCUGUUUUGGAGAAGGAUACAUCAAAACAGUUGGCAGUCUACUUCUAUCAUUUAAAAUCUCAUUCUACUUUUAGUUGCCACACUCCAUUUUAGUUUUCCAGCAGAAUGCUGUGUAGAUGGGUCUACCAUCUCAGUAACGUGAGUGUCAAUGCCAUAUUUAAGUCACUUAAAAACUGCACUGAGCAAAAUGGAAAAAUUCAGAUACAUAUGAGAGGAAAAUCGUUUUGUAAAAAUUACAUCAACUUUAGAAUCUAGAAAAAAGUUCCCAAAGGAAAUGUCCCGUUAGGAGCUUCUGAACUGGCCUGCAACAGAGUUGUCUGCUUUUCCUUGCAUAGCUAAAAACGUUGUGUAGCACAAUAUUGUAAGACUGGUUUUCAAAAAACAGUUACAAAUGUU